CAUAUUCCUGAAACUUGAGCAGGUUAGAAAUCUUAUGGCUCAUUCUGUCGAAUGCUUUGGAUAAAUCCAAGUAAACACAAUCCACUUGACUUGAGUCUCCAAAGGCCGACGUUACAUAUUCCUGAAACUCAAAUAGGUUAGAAAUCUUAUGGCUCAUUCUGUCGAAUGCUUUGGAUAAAUCCAAGUAAACACAGUCCACUUGACUUGAUUCUCCAAAGGCCGACGUUACAUAUUCCUGAAACUCAAAUAGGUUAGAAAUCUUAUGGCUCAUUCUGUCGAAUGCUUUGGAUAAAUCCAAGUAAACACAGUCCACUUGACUUGAGUCUCCAAAGGCCGACGUUACAUAUUCCUGAAACUCAAAUAGGUUAGAAAUCUUAUGGCUCAUUCUGUUGAAUGCUUUGGAUAAAUCCAAGUAAACACAGUCCACUUGACUUGAGUCUCCAAAGGCCGACGUUACAUAUUCCUGAAACUCAAAUAGGUUAGAAAUCUUAUGGCUCAUUCUGUCGAAUGCUUUGGAUAAAUCCAAGUAAACACAGUCCACUUGACUUGAGUCUCCAAAGGCCGACGUUACAUAUUCCUGAAACUCAAAUAGGUUAGAAAUCUUAUGGCUCAUUCUGUUGAAUGCUUUGGAUAAAUCCAAGUAAACACAGUCCACUUGACUUGAGUCUCCAAAGGCCGACGUUACAUAUUCCUGAAACUCAAAUAGGUUAGAAAUCUUAUGGCUCAUUCUGUUGAAUGCUUUGGAUAAAUCCAAGUAAACACAGUCCACUUGGCUUGAGUCUCUAUAGGCCGACAUUAUAUAUUCCUGAAACUCGAGUAGGUUAGAAAUGGUUGAGUGGAAGUGUAGGAAGCCAUGUUGUUCCAGGGGAAUUCACUUCCGUAAAUGAAAGUAUAAAUAUAUAUAGUUAAGUAGUCAGCGAAAAGUUCGCACUUGUCCACUGGAGUUACAGCCACUCUAGAGUAAAAAUUUAGAAUGGUACGAACAGUAGAGUCACUUCAUGAUGUUAAUGUGGGACCACAAUGAUUUUAUAUUAGUAGGUAUAUUACUAGUGUAUUCGUAGAAACAGGUCUUGGUCAGAUCUUUGCAUUGCCUUCUUAAAUUACGAAAAAGUUUCUAAAUGUGAAGGCAUCAAAUAUGUCGGACUGGAAGGUCAACAAGUUUGAGGCUGAAGAGUAUCCACACAUAAGUCCAUGUUGACGAGAAGUAAUGUGAUGGGAAAAGGAGAAAUGUGCCAUUGAGGAAGACCUUUAUGAUUAGUUUGACGAUAACUGGAAUUAUAACAAUGGGGCGGUAAUUCUUCACAUCAUACACUGGACCAUUUUUGUGAAUAGGAACAAUGAAACUUCUUUUAAGAGCAUAAGGAACUAUGCCAACUGAUAAAGACUUGUUGGACAGCUUAGUGAGAGGAUAUUCAAUCAGUUGAUAGCAGUAUUUUACUGUUGUUGGAGGAAUAGAGUUAGGCCCACAACCCAUGGACUCGUCCAUGUCUUUGAUAGCCUUGCAUACUUAGAUAUGUCUAACUUAAAAGAUGUCAAUAAGCAAAGAGCAGAUUGUUACUUGCUCAUCAUGGAUAGAUCAGCAGCUGAAGUAUCUCAGUAGAUGAUACUCUUGUAGAUAUAUAUACAUAUCAGUAGAUGGAGUCUUGACCACAACUCAUGGUUUUCACAAAAGUCCAGAAGAUAUUGGGAUUUGUAGGGACAACCUCUUCUAUGGAAUUUCUGUAGCACUCCGUGGUGAGUACCUUGCAACACAUUCUGAUAACUGAGAAAAAAUAACAGUCAGCAUCAUCUAGCGAAGUGUUAUAGGCUUUGUGCAAGAUCAUCUUUUGAAAUUUGAGUUGAGUUGAGAACCAAUUGGGGGUAGUUUCCAGUGCCACUCCCUUGAAGGAUAAGUUCUUCAGUGCCACUCCCUUGAAGGAUAAGUUCUUCAGUAUUAGAUUGGCAAAUGUAGUGAUGAAGCCAUCAAAAGCCAAGUUGAUAUCAUCACUAGAAACCAGAGCAUUGAGAUUUAUAGAAGAAAGGUCGCAAUAUAACUUUUAAAGAUUGGACUUCUUGGUUGAUGGAAGACAUGUAUUGAAAGCAAUGCUUUCUUUCCAAUGUUUAGAAUGCCAAUAAGAUGCUCUUUUAUUGUUGCCCUGAAAUGAAAUCUAAUACCCCACAUGAGUAUAGUCAAUUUUGAAAUACAGUACUUAAUAUAUUUUUCCUCCUAGUAUGUUACGUUUAGGCAUUUGAGAACAAUGAGUGUGUCAUGUUUAGACUUUUUCAAAAUUUAAAAUUUUAUUUUGAAUCACUAUGAAAGUACUAAUAAAAUUAAAUAUGUUUUAAGUAUUAUUACUGCCCAUCCAAGUAGUUUCAGAAUGUGUAUUCUUUCUAAUCUGAUAAAUUAUUCAUCACCCGAUUAUAAGGCAUUUAAAAGUAGUAUGAGCAGAUGGUAUCUGAAAACACAGAGAGAUUUUCAAAGAACUUAUUGGUUUCAAUGAUUGGCAGAAUAUCUAGAAUAGACAUAAUUGUAAAAAAUAGAUUACAAUUUUUAGUCCAGGAGCUGAAAGCCAAUUUGAAUUGCAUAAGCAAAAAGAUGCCUUUUCUUAACUUCUUCCACCAAUGAUUAUCCUAUAAAAGUUUAAACCUCUCCUUUUAAUUCUUAUUCAUACUAUUGUGACUAUAAUCUUUCUGGUAGUAGAUGAGAUGAAUGUGACUACUUCCCAGUCACAAUGAUAAAUAUAUGACGAUUUUAAGUUACAAGUAUCAAAAGUGGAAUCAAUUCUCAGUAAAAGUGAAAAAAUAAGUGUUACUGUCAGUGACGAAAGCGGUGCUAAUCCGAUUUAUUGCCCCUUAAUGAUUUAAAUACAGGACAAGUUGAGAGAGGACACCAACAGUAGUGUAACUAGAUUUUGGCUUUGGGGGGAUGAAUUUGAUUGAAGAGCACACCUUUCUGGGGGUAUGGGAUAAAUUUAAAUAAAUUUUAGGCUUAAUUCAAAGUAAAGCAUUUAACUGAUGUAUUACAAACGAGUUGAAUUGUUAUGUAUAUUUUAAAAACUUUUUUAGGCUUUUAAGGGAGCUGUUUCUCCAUCUCCCCCUCCCCCUUAGUUACAUAUCUCUGGACACCAACAGACAAUAAUUAUUGAUGCCUUGGUGAGCCCAUCCGGUUUAUGCUAGCCUACUUGGGCAAAGAGUUUGAAGACCAUCGGUGCAGCGCAGAAGAAUGGCUAAGAAUAAAACAUAUAGAAUUGACGAGUGCGUGUGUGCCAGCGACCCCGUGGGGCAAGGUGCCAGUGCUGGAGAUCGAUGGACAACAGGUGACCCAGAAUAUCCCCAUAGUCCGCUACCUGGGGAAGGAGGCAGGGCUGGGUGGCAAGGACAACUGGGAGGACCUCAGGAUCGAUGAGAUCGUCAGUGUUAUCGAUGAGUUCAGAGUUGAACUGGCGAAGCAUCACAGUCAGAACUAUGCGAAGGAGAACCCGAUUUCCAAAGAUCACUUUUUCAAUGAGAAGAUCCCAUUUUACAUGAAGAAGCUUGAUGCCCACAUAAAGAAAAAUAACGGUUACUUAGCCAACGGAAAGCUGUCAUGGGCGGAUCUGUAUUUCGGUGCGAUGAUUGAGCACAUGACUGACAUUCACGGCUCGGACAUCACUGUCGGCUACCCUAACAUCAAGGUGCUGAAAGAAAGAGUGUUCACGUUGCCGCAGAUCAAGGCAUGGUUGGACAAGAGACCCGAAGAUAGUUACAAGUGGCUGUUGUUUAUUAACUUUUUUAAAAAGGAAACUGUAAAUAAAUAUCUUAACUUUUUUAAAAAAGGAACUGUAAAUAAAUAAAACGGCUAUUGCAUAUCUUGUUUUAUUAUAGCAGGAAAGUAAUAGAUGUUUAUAUUUGCCAUAACUUUAUUGUACCUUACAGGUUAGAUAAAGGAUUUACUUGCUAUGUCGGUUUAUCUCAAGGAGAUAACCUACAAAUCUGAUUGGGCACACCUGGCAAAUUUGCUGCUCUGGGAUAGAGGUUCUAUCAAGAUUAGUAGUAAUCUUUGAAAUUACAGGUUAAAUUGGCAUAUUUAUUUAACAAAACUAUGGAAUAAUUAAUCUUAUUCCUACUGCUAUUUAGGUAUCAGAUGAAACUUUGCCCCUUCUAUAAUUCUCUAAUCUGCCUCCUAUAGUUACCCCUACAGGCCCUUAAAAGUAGUGAUGUUCAUUCUCUUCAUGUAGUUGUCUGACGAUGAAUUUUAAGCCUAUCAAACUAGGAAUAACAUGAGAAAUAAUUAUCGUUUCAUAUUGUAACCCUUUUGAUACCUUCCUAUUUCAACCCCCAUCAAAAUUUACAUAACUGAUGGUCAAUUUCUUUCUUGGAAAAAUGUCUCUAUCGAUUUAAAAUACCAGGUUGUGUGCUUAUAGAGUGUAAAUUGGCUUUCAGCUCCUAGACUAAUAGGAUCAUAGAAACCGCAAGAGCCCUACAAAUUAUAAAAAAUUAGACAACAGCACUCCAACUUUUUUACCACAGAUAAAUAUUUUACUUUGAACUAGACCUAUAUAAGUUAUUUAAAUUUAUUCUAAACUCCCUGGGGUUGCAAGCUCUUCAACCAGAUUCAUCCUUACCCCCCAAAGCCAAGUCCUAGUUACGCCAC